CUUCACCAUUCACAUGCGACGGCCGUUGUUCAUGGUAAAGGAGCCGAAGCCGCCAGAUAGACAAAGACCUUUUCGUGUCUUUGCUCUUUAUUGAAGCCGUGCGAUCUAUCACUGCCACCAUCAUUAAACUCCAACGUUCCUAUUUUCAAAAAAACCCGUUGGAGCCAAAACCAUUUAAAAUUCUCUCUCUCUUCUCUAUUUGAACCAUUUUUCAGAUCGACCAUGGAGAGAAGAACCUGAAAGCAGCAUACGAGUUCAGAUGGGUUGUUUUCUUGGCUGCUUCGGUUUUUCUGGCAAGAGAAAGCGCAGAAAACCAGCCAAUAAAAUCCAACCAGGGGACCAAGGAAUUGGUAGUUAUGAACCUCUGGAUUCCUAUGUCCCCGUAAAUCUUGACAUCACAGGAAACCCCAGAAGCUCAGAUUCUAAAAUCAGUUGCCGACCAAAAGAGCGAUCCUGCAACAAAAUCAGAAAGAAGGUUAGCUUUAACUUGAAUGUCCAAACUUAUGAGCCAAUUUGUAGUGAUGAAGCCGCAACUGGUUUUGGGGAGACUGAUGAGGAGGGGGGAAGGAAAGAAGAGACUGGUGAAGAAAAUCUAAUUGAAUCAAAGAUAAGAUCUUAUCCGUCCAAUCAUAGAUAUCGGAAUUUCAUUGACAGCUAUGAUGAGGAGGAUGAUAUAGCAUACCUCGACAAUGAGAGUGAAGAAGACGACGACGAUGACUGGUAUUGUGAUGCCAGUGAUAAAGAAUUGAACCAAGAAGAAGAGUUGCCUGGGAAUGAAGCUUCUUUUAAAUGGUUCACUGAGGACAAGAAUGCUAAUCUUAAGCCACUCUCUGCUUCAACUGACGAAGAGUUGAGAACGUUUGGAGCGGAUGCUCGAGAGAGGAGCGAAUAUGCGCAUUCGGUGCUGAAGCCGGUAGAAAAUCUCACGCAGUGGAAAGCAAUGAAAGCAAGUGCAGCACCACCAAAACACCAGAAGAAGGAAAAUACUGCAGUAGAGCAAGCAUCAAUGAAACAGCUCAAUUCCAACUCGAAGUCAAAUUUGCAAGCAUCAUCUUUGAAUUCAGAAUCGAAUUAUACUCCGCUGAAGCCUCUGCUGCCAGAAAUUAACGUUGCUGCCAGCCUCUCGAACUGGAUAACUGCACCACAGUGAGUCCAAAACCAGAUCUUUCAGAGAGAUGCCACUGAUGUUCAUUCUGCUCUGCAAGAUACACGCGUAGCGCCUGUAAACAGAUCAGUCUACCUUUAUACAACAUCAUCAAAAAUAAGAAACACAAAGUUCUGAUGCAGGGUUUGAUAUAUACUCCAAAAAAGAAACAAUGUUUUGCUUCUUCUGUUUAGUGUUCGUAUCUCGGAUUGUUUUGAUUCUCUACCUACUCUUUUGAAAAGCAUGAUGUUUCUGUGUGAAUUGUUUGCCUUACUACUAUUUCUACUCUUCUUUUUUUCA